UCUGACCUAUUGGGAGGAUAUUAGUAACUCGUUGUGUGAGGCUAUCCAGUCUUUCUUUCACUCAGAAAGACUCCUCCAUAAUUCCAACCACACUCUAAUUACCCUGAUUCCCAAGGUUCCGAAUGCAAAAUACAUGAGACAAAUGUGACCUAUAGGACUAUGCCAAAUUUUCUACAAAUUUAUUGCAAAAAUCAUGGCGGACAGACUAAGCCAUGUGUUACCACUCAUAGUGGGUCCUAACCAAAAUGGUUUUGUAAUUACCCUGAUUCCUUAAGACGAAAACCAAUGAAAGAGAAAAAUGAAUCGUGCUAAAACUUAUGAUUGAUAUGUUUGCCCUAUAACUUUUUAAUCAAACACUAACAUAAUAUGUGAAAUUUACAAGUCCAUACGACGACCCACAUAUUUGGAUAUAAAAAGUCAAGUCCAACUUCUGGAAUUCCAUGGAUUUAGCACUCACCAAUAAACAAUAGAAUUAAGGUAAAUCAAUCAAACUUGAAAUUUGAAUCACAAAUUCAUGACACAAAUACAGCAAGCAACAUGACCAAUAAUUACAUGAAAGAUUAAAAAAAAAUUGACACUUUCUUUUGGCCUAGUUCUAUGAGCAUAUUUCUUGGAUGAUGCUAAUCUAGGAGGCCUAAUUAAGUCAACUAUUGCAGACAAAUCAUAAGAUCAGCCGCAUAACCAGAUUGUCAUGUAGGUAUCUUAUUACAUGAUUGGUCACGGCUAAGCCAUCUGUUUUCAAUUACUUUAUUAGUUUUACACACAAGUGAGGGAGUGGCCAUUGCAGUUUUCACUUCAUUUACCCAUACUAUAAGUAAUGCUAAUCCACAUCAACUACUGAUUACCUUAGCCUAACCCUGACCAGAAAGCAGUAGAAGAAGAUGGUUUCUCCGAACACAGAUUCUCCCACUAUGGUUACGGGAACUAGCUCCUACAACUAAUCCAACAACUCUUCCUUCCAGGUAACACCCUCUCCAAGAAAACAACUUCAUUUUUGUGAAGUAUGGGAUUGAAUGCUACUGAAAAGAAAAUGAAUUGUUCUUGCAUAGGAAAUUUGUGGGUGUAGUGAAGUCCAAAAUCGACGAGCUGAUUUCUCAAAAGCUGGACUUGGACGUCAUGAUGGCAUCCUGCAACACAUUCCAAAUCGUGGAUCUCGGAUGUGCCAUUGGACCCAACACAUUCUUCAAUGUCCAAGAAAUAAUCCAACAAGUCAGCCCACAAAUACCACAUUUCCAAUCACCCAACAAUGCCGGAGUUCCAAGUUUUCUUCAACGACCAAGUCAACAACGAUUUCAAUGCGCUCUUUCGUUCCCUCCCACCAGAGAGGGACUACUUCGCCGCAGGACUACCAGGGUCAUUCCAUGGAAGGUUGUUCCCUACAUCGUCUCUCCAUUUUGCUCACUGUGCCAUGUCCCUCCACUGGAUAUCGAGGGUGCCGCCGGAAGUGGGUGACAGAGGAUCCCCUUCCUGGAACAGUGGAAGGAUUCAUUACUCCGAUGCACCGCAACAAGUGGUGGAUGCUUACAGGUCACAGUUCGAGAGAGACAUGGAAGGGUUCCUGAAGGCAAGAGGCCAAGAGCUAGUUAGCGGAGGUAUGCUUGUGAUUGUUAUUGGUGGGGUACCCGACCAGACGCCUUACUCUGAGAUGCAGAGCAUCUUUAUGUUCGACUGCAUCAACCUCAGCAUCUUGGAUCUUGUUCGACAGGGGGUGUUGAGUGAGGACCAGCUGGACAGUUUCAACUUGCCCUUAUACUAUCCGCGGCCAACGGAGAUGAGAGAACUGGUUGAAAGGGACGGAUGCUUCAGCAUCGAGGAGUUGGAGCUGACAAGCUCCGUUUCGGUGAGGCUUCAGCGGAAGGUUGACGCGACACAGUGGGUGAGGGUAUUGAGGGGUGUCCUAGAUGAAAUAUUCGUAAUGCAGUUUGGAAAGGAGUUGGCCGACAUAAUAUUUUAUGGGGCGAUUAACAAGAUCACAGAGCAUGCACAGGUUCUAGAGUCCAUAAAUGGUGAAAAGAAUCUAUUGUACAUUGCUCUGAAGCACAAGUGAGCAUAUCGUUAGACCGUUUAAAUGAAGGGAUAUCUGAGAC